CACCUCAGUAAAGCGACGACAAUUUGCGAGCUGAGAGUUUGGCCCUCGAUUUCGAUCGGAAAGCAUAUAGACUCGCAAGCACGAGUCACUGAUGAACAAUGCCGAAAGCUACCACUCCUCGCACUGCUAAUCGCAGACACAACCCCCUCGCAGACGAUCUCCUCUCCGCGGGCCAUUUACGAACAAAGUCAGGAAAAAGAAAGUCGCGCGGUGAUGAUGACAAUGAUGAAACCGAAGCCGGUGAUAAGUUUAUCGAUGCAAAAGCCUCUCGUAAAAUUCUACAGAUUGGCCAAGAUCUCGCCGACGAAGAUGCAGCAGAGCGCCGGACUGCUUUAGAAGGGAGCAACGCCGACCAACCCAACAAGGCUUUUGAUUUUUCAUCGAGGUUUGAAGAUGAGGAACAACUAUCAGAGGAUGAAGAUAAGUUUGGAGAAGACCAAUGGGGAGACGAAGACGUCGAAGACGCGGAAAUCGACCCUAAUGACCUCGACAUGUUCAAUAAGUUUAUUCCCAGUGGAGAGCAAGACCCGAUAUUUGCCCCUCAGCAAACAGAGGAAAAUGGAGAUGGGCCUGGCGUCAAUCUCGCAGAUUUAAUCUUGGAAAAAAUUGCUGCAUAUGAGGCGAAAGAAUCAGGAGAAGAUCAACAAUUUAUCAAAGGCGGCGGGGCCCCCGAAGAUGCAGUUCAAAUUCCCGCAAAGGCUUUGGAAGUCUAUGAGAAAGUCGGCAUGAUUCUAUCACGAUACAAAUCAGGGCCUCUACCAAAGCCUUUUAAAAUUCUGCCAACUUUGCCCCAGUGGCCUACACUUCUUGAUAUCACACGCCCAGACUCGUGGACGCCAAAUGCCGUAUAUGCUGGAACGCGGAUAUUUAUUUCAGCUAAGCCAGCCAUCGCCCAAGAGUACAUCAACACGGUCCUACUUGAACGUGUCCGUGACGAGAUUCACGAAACCCGCAAACUCAACGUCCACGUCUAUAAUGCAUUAAAGAAAGCGCUUUACAAACCGGCAUGCUUUUUCAAGGGUCUACUAUUUCCCCUGGUAGCUACAGGCAUCUGCACCUUGCGCGAGGCUCACAUUGUAUCGUCCGUCAUUGCGCGUGUGUCCAUUCCAGUCUUACACUCUGCUGCAGCACUGCUUCGAUUAUGCGAGAUAGCAGCUGAACAGACGUCAUCUUCACUAUCAUCUGAAGGCACUGGCGCCACGAAUAUAUUCAUUCGCGUGUUUCUCGAGAAGAAAUAUGCGCUUCCCUACAAAGUGAUAGACGCACUGGUGUUCCAUUUCCUGCGUUUCCGUGCAAUGGAUAACAGCGAGGAUCAGAUGAUGGUGGAUGGAAACCGCCAGCAGCCUCCGUCUGCUGCGGCUGCAAUGAACUACAAACUCCCUGUGCUCUGGCAUCAGUCCCUCCUAGUCUUUGCGCAGCGGUACCGAAAUGACAUCACAGAAGACCAACGCGAGGCUCUUCUCGACUUGCUGCUUGUACGUGGACACAAGGAGAUUGGACCAGAAGUGCGCCGAGAACUUCUCGCUGGGCGUGGUCGAGGCGUGGUCGUGCCGAAUGCUGAGUUGCAGGCUGCGGCUGCAGCAGGUGAUGAUACCAUGGACGUGGAGAUGUGAUGAUGAGUGUUUAUACAAGUGUGGAUUGUUUUUCAUGACGAUAUUCAUAAUGGCGUUUUAUUGACGAUACGAUUAUAUUUAGUUUGCAUGAAUCAAUAUUUUACGGUUAGUCGACGUUUAGAGAACUAGUUAAUGCCAGAAAAGGAUCGACACGGCUUUCUUGGUGAAAGACUUGUUCUGUAAAAAAUAUUUUAUUAUAUGAGAGGCUAAAUUUCAAGGAAUUGAUCAAGC